UUUUACCAUUUUUAAGGGUUGUUUUUGUUUUUUUGUUUGUUUUUUUUAUUGUCUGAGUAGUCGCCUUGCAUUUCCAUGGAUGUGUAUGGAAAUGAAUAUAUAUUUUGGAAAAAUUAAAUAUUAUUUUUGUUUAAGGAAGUGAAAAUGACAUAUUUUAGAAUUUGGCAUGUGCCUUGCAAAAGUAAUAUAAUAAGCAUUUUGGAUACAUUUUAUAUUCAUUGUUUUUGAUGAAACUAAGAUACUGACCACGACUUUAAAUCCUGAAACCUGCCAGGGGAUGACUACACUUUUUCAAGAUAGGUUAUUGCACUAUAUAAAAACUAAAAUGUUGUAAUUACUUGUAUUUUAAUAUUGAUUAUUAUACAUUUAUAAUUUUAUUAUCAACAGAUCUCAUUAUCUAUAUUAUCUAUAUUUAUUAAACUCAAUACUAUCGUGUCUGGAUUUUUUUUUUAAGCUCAUUUAGUUUACACCCUGAAGUCAAAAAUAAUAAUCCAGUACAACAUCAUUGUCACAAUAACUUUUCCAAAUAUUUAAUUAUGUUGUAAUAAUGUUGAGCCUUUACAGUAAAGUUAUUUCUAUUAAUUAAUUAUGUGUACAGUGUUGACACAAAUUAUGGCAGCAUUGUUGCUGUCUUAAAAUAAACGUGUAUAUUUUAUUGUGACUUAAGUUAAACAACAAUACAAUAAUAAAUACUUUUGAUGAUAAUAAAGAAUAAACUAAUAAUAAUAUAACAAAUGUCAACAAAUGGAAAAAUAAAAAAAAUUUGCAAGCCUCAUCAUUUAUAAUACUCCUUUUCUAAAAAAGUAUUGUUGGAUAUAUUGUUGUAUCUUACUGUCUACGGCACUUAUAGUUUUAAAUAUCCUUUUCAAUAAAUUAGUGUGCAUUUUAAAGUCCACUUUAACAUUGAUUAAAUGCAUUUCUCCUUGCAUUUUAACAAUUUAAUGUGUUCCUUUAUUUUUAGUUUACCAUUGUUGUCUGGUGAUUUAGGUGAUUAUUUCGUUUUCAAUUAGACUACUAAGUAUUGUGCAAUAUAUAUUUUUGUAUUCCUAUAUUCAUUGCACAAAGUGGACGGACUAUAUUGUUUUUUUAUUAUUAUUGCAACUAUGCUCGCCUUUCUACGUUUUGGACUCCAAGGGACGCUAUUGGCCUACAUAUGAUUUUCUCUGCGUCGUCGUCAUGCUGUCCUCCCUCCAAAUGACGAGGCAUUGGAGGAGCAUUUUAGUCUUUUGUUGGCGGUGAGGGCAAACGAUAGAGGACUCUUCAGUGCUUUGCAUUUGCACGAUAACAUCGGAGUGUUUUAUGUAAGCAGAAAACGGAUUAUUUACCAGAGGAACUCAUUGCACUUCUUUUAUUUUUGUCACCAUGCGCGCUCAUGGAUGUUUCUCUUUUUCAUGCGCAAAAUGGAGGUUGUUGAACGGAUCCCGAUGGCAAAUAGGAUCGCUCAUGUUCCUUCUUCAUUUGGUCACCACGGUAGGUGGUCAGAUUCGUUAUUCUAUCCCAGAAGAGAUGAAGAAAGGCUCAGUGAUCGGUAAUGUGGCGCAAGAUCUUGGCUUGGAUGUGAAAAGGCUGCGUUCAGGGCGGGCCCGCAUUUUGACAGAAGACAACAUCCAGUACACCGAGCUGAAGACAGACAAAGGGCUUCUCGUCGUUAAUGACAGAAUAGACCGGGAGCAGCUUUGUGGAGAUGUGACGCCAUGUAGCUUCAGCUUUGAGGUCAUUCUAGAAAACCCGUUAGAAUUGCACAGCGUUCGCAUCCUGAUCCAGGACCAGAACGACAAUGCCCCCCAGGUCCUGUAUCCGGUCCAGACUGGUGGCUCGGUGCUGGCUGAAAUGGUGCCUCGUUCAGCCGAUGUGGGCUAUCUGGUGACUAAAGUGGUGGCUGUUGAUGUGGACUCUGGACAGAACGCCUGGCUCUCCUAUAAAGUGCACAAAGCCACAGACAGGGCGCUGUUUGAAGUGGGCCUACACAAUGGAGAAAUAAGAACUGUCCGCCAAGUCACUGAUAAAGAUGCCGUCAAACAAAGACUGAGUGUUCUAGUGGAGGACAACGGGCAGCCCUCUCGUUCAGCUACAGUCAUUGUUAACGUGGCGGUGGCGGACAGCUUCCCUGAAGUGCUGUCAGAGUUCACUGACUUUAGCAUGCACGACAAGGAGUACAAUGACAAGCUGACUUUUUACUUAGUCUUGGCUUUGGCUGUGGUCUCCUUCCUCUUCAUCACCUGCUUGCUGCUCAUCAUAUCAGUCAAAGUGUACAGGUGGAGACAGUCUCGCGUCCUGUACCACUCCAACCUCCCUGUCAUUCCAUAUUAUCCACCACGUUACUCAGACACUUUGGGGACAGGGACUCUCCAACACGUGUACAAUUACGAGGUGUGCAGGACCACCGACUCCAGGAAAAGUGACUUGAAGAAUAUGCAAGCCAUGAGUCAAAGUUUAGUGAGUGUGGAUGGAGCUGAUGCUGAUACACCACAUGUGACCAAGCAGAUGUCAGGAAACUUUUCACAGAUGUCAACUUUGAGCUUCACUGCUUGCGAAAACGACGGUCUGGUCGCCAUUUGA